CCGCCGCCGCCGCCGCGGCCGCCGCCCGCGUCCCCGCCGCCGCCGCCGCCUCGGCCGCCGCAGGGCCGCCCGCAGCAUGUCUCGGAGGAAGAUCUCGUCCGAGUCCUUCAGCUCCCUGGGCUCCGACUACCUGGAGACCAGUCCCGAGGACGAGGGCGAGUGCCCCCUGUCCCGGCUCUGCUGGAACGGCAGCCGGAGCCCGCCCGGGCCGCCCGAGCCCCGCGCGGCCGCCGCCGUCGCCCCGGCCCCUGCCGCCGCCGCCUCCUCCUCCUCCUCAGCCUCAGCCGCCGCCGCCGCCGCCGCCGCCACGGCCGGGGCCCGGAGGGCGCAGCGCCGGAGGCGGGUCAACCUGGACUCGCUGGGAGAGAGCAUCAGCCGCCUGACGGCGCCCUCGCCUCAGACGAUACAGCAGACUCUCCAGAGGACACUGCAGUAUUAUGAGCACCAAGUUAUUGGUUACAGGGAUGCAGAAAGGAAUUUCCACAAUAUCUCUAACAGAUGCUCCUAUGCAGACCAUUCCAACAAAGAGGGUAUUGAAGACGUCUCAGGAAUCCUUCAAUGCACUGCUAAUAUACUCGGUUUGAAGUUUGAGGAACUUCAAGAAAGAUUUGGUGAGGAGUUCUUUAACAUAUGCUUUGAUGAGAAUGAGAGAGUCCUUCGAGCUGUAGGUGGCACUUUGCAGGACUUUUUUAAUGGCUUUGAUGCUUUGUUGGAACACAUCAGAACUUCCUUUGGGAAACAGGCCACGCUGGAGUCCCCAUCGUUCCUGUGCAAGGAGCUUCCCGAGGGUGCCCUUCUGCUUCACUACUUCCGUCCUCACCACGUUGUGGGCUUUGCAAUGCUGGGCAUGAUCAAGGCUGCAGGAAAGAAGAUCUACCGGCUGGACGUGAGCGUGGAGCAGGUGGCCAAUGAGAAACUGUGCUCCGAUGGUUCGAACCCAGGCAACUGUAGCUGUCUUACCUUCCUCAUCAAAGAAUGUGACAAUACUGAUGCCAUGAAGAACCUUCCCCGGGGAGCCUCCCGAGUCCCUGCCGACCUCAGAAUCAGCAUCAGCACCUUCUGCAGGGCCUUCCCUUUCCACUUGAUGUUCGACGCCCACAUGUCCGUCCUGCAGCUGGGGGAAGGCCUGCGGAAGCAGCUGCGUUGCGACACCCACAAAGUGCUCAGGUUUGAGGACUGCUUCGAGAUCGUUUCUCCAAAGGUCAGUGCCGCCUUUGAGAGGGUCCUGUUGCGACUGUCCACCCCGUUUGUGAUCAGGACCAAGCCUGAGGCUUCUGGCACUGAAAAUAAAGACAAGGUGAUGGAAGUCAAGGGACAGAUGAUCCAUGUUCCAGAGUCAAAUUCCAUCUUAUUCUUGGGCUCUCCAUGUGUGGACAAGUUGGAUGAACUCAUGGGCCGAGGGCUGCAUCUCUCAGACAUCCCUAUCCAUGAUGCCACCCGAGAUGUCAUUCUGGUUGGCGAGCAGGCCAAGGCCCAAGAUGGCUUGAAGAAGAGGAUGGAUAAACUAAAGGCGACCUUGGAAAGAACUCACCAGGCCCUGGAAGAAGAGAAAAAGAAAACAGUGGAUCUUCUGUAUUCGAUUUUCCCUGGUGAUGUAGCUCAGCAGCUGUGGCAAGGACAGCAGGUGCAGGCCAGAAAGUUUGAUGAUGUCACCAUGCUCUUUUCAGACAUUGUUGGCUUCACAGCCAUCUGUGCCCAGUGUACCCCCAUGCAGGUGAUCAGCAUGCUGAAUGAACUGUAUACCAGAUUUGACCACCAGUGUGGAUUUUUGGAUAUUUACAAGGUGGAAACAAUAGGUGAUGCAUACUGUGUUGCCGCAGGACUCCAUAGGAAAAGCCUCUGCCACGCUAAGCCCAUUGCUCUCAUGGCCCUGAAGAUGAUGGAACUUUCAGAAGAGGUGCUGACACCUGAUGGAAGACCAAUUCAGAUGAGGAUAGGCAUCCACUCAGGUUCUGUGCUCGCUGGAGUUGUUGGGGUAAGAAUGCCACGAUAUUGCCUGUUUGGAAAUAAUGUCACUCUGGCAAGCAAAUUCGAAUCAGGAAGUCACCCUCGGCGCAUCAACGUCAGCCCUACCACUUACCAAUUAUUAAAACGGGAAGAAAGCUUCACAUUCAUUCCUCGGUCCCGUGAAGAGCUUCCAGAUAACUUUCCAAAGGAAAUCCCUGGGAUCUGCUAUUUCCUGGAGGUAAGGACUGGUCCUAAGCAGCCAAAGCCUUCUCUUUCUUCAUCAAGAAUCAAGAAAGUUUCCUACAACAUUGGCACCAUGUUCCUCCGGGAGACAAGCCUCUGAGACCUUCAGCAGAUCAAAGACUUCUCCACAAAGCACAAGCCCACAACAUGGGUCAUGAAGGGGGAGUGCAAAGAGAUUGUUUCUCUUCCACUGAUUUGCUGAGAACAAGCAGCAGAAUUUCUGUGUUAUGUUAGGCAAUAAUCCUAGAAGAAGGUGGGUGAUGACUGUCAGUAAAAAAGAAACUGGAGGGGGCGGGGCAGAAAUAAGAGGUGUCCAUCCAUACGAGUGCUUUUAGUCAUAUAUAUAUUUUAAUCACAACUAACCAAUAAAUAGAUUCUGUGUUUUCUUGUUUGUCGCACAUACAGGUAUCUUUCCCUAUAUAUUUCUAUCACUUUUGAGAGCCAGUUUUGAUGAUCAAUUCCUCCAUUUAGUGAGUUGGUAUGUAAGGAAUAUUUUAUAAUUUUGUUUCCCCGAACAGACAUUUCAUACGUACAUCACAGCUCUGUGGUCGCCUUCCUGGCAGGAAGAACUGUAACUCCACAAAAUAUUUUAGGGAUAUUACCUAUUUUUAUACAUCUCUCUUCUGAAUAAUUCCAUUUCACACACAACACUAUUCAAUUGUCAGAAUCUGCUACUGUGUAGUUGGUAUAUUAUGUAACUAACCUAUUAAUCAAAUGUAGUUUGACAUAUUUAGACAGAUUAGUGCUUGGACUGAGAAUACAUAUAACAGGAUUUCAGAUGCUGAGAAAGCACCGUAAGUCGGCUUAGUAAACGUAUCUUUUAAAUUUAAUUAAUGUAGCAUGGAAUCCAGAGGAAAUCAAAUUUCCUAAUAACAGAUUGCGCUGUAACUAGGAUCACAGAAAAGUCUUCUUGCUAUCUUCUACCGAAUGCCGGUUACAACAAAAUGCUUUGCUGCAUUGGACCCUUUUCAAUUUAGCGCUUCUAAAUCUAGGUAGCUUGUGCUCCAUGUUCGAGGGCAUUGUCAUAAGCAGCUUGCUGCUACGGAACUUGUUAGUACUUCCCCCCAACCCCACCUCGCCCAACCACUGAUGCCUCCUAAGUCUACCUGCCAUUCUUGGGAGCAAAUUCCUCAACGCUGGCAUUAGUGACAAAGCAGUAGUAGGGACAUUUUGCCAAGAAUGCUGUUUCCUCUUGCCAAAUAAGCCGGGGGUGGGGGGUGGGGGAGGAACCCUGUAUUUUAUGGCUUUGAGAUUUCAAAAAAACAAAAGAGUUUUUCUUCUGCAGUUUCAUUGAUGUGACUCUUCAAUUGGUGAAUCCCCUUGGUGAAUGCUGAAGUAGGUCUAGCCUUCAGGCCCAGUAAUUGUCAUCGUAACAGAUAGGCUUCUAUUGCACAUGGUGCUAACAUGGAGAGCUAUUCCCACGAAUCAAUACUGCAUGAAAAUAUUAUCGGAGACUCGCCCUGCAAUUAGGAGCACAGCCUGUCCAGAGUUUUUCUCUUUGGGAUCAAAUAUAAAACCUAAGUUUCUAUUGAGGGUGAUGAGCUGGAAACAUUGGUUUCCUUGAAACCUUGAAGGGGCUCUUUCUUUUCCUUCAGAUGGUACCCUCAUAGACCGCUUAUGUCUACUGAAUGUAAUCCAUUUCUUGUUCUAGUCAGGCAUUUCGGCUGCGUUAGGAUUUGUUUACGACCAAACGCAGCUAAGGAGCAUAUUAACUAGUGUCCAGUGUAACCGUGGGAAUUAUGAGUAUUUUUAAGUUCUCUAAGUGUGUAGCUAGAAAACAUUUAUAGAUAUGCCAAGUAUUUGUUAAAAUGGUGAUCACUUUUGUAAUUGCACCCCAAGACUUAUGAGGACCCUAGGGCAACACUUAGUGUGGAGACAGGAUCUAGACCCUGAGCUCUCUGAUAGCUCCCUGUCCCUCUCCUCCCCGGGUCUAGUAGGCCUCUGUUUUGAACAACAUGGAGGCCAGAAAGCUUGGACAUUUAAGGGGAGGCAUAUAGACUGAGAACAGGGUGCUGUCAUGGAAUCUCUUCAGGGGACUGGGAGAUUAAACUACUUCCUUAACUGGGAAUAAGGAGAGGUUUACCAUCAGGUGGCCAGCACAGGCUGGGAGCACCGGAGCCCUCAUACUAAAAGCAGUCAGCCCUUGCAAUGUGCUCUGUACAGCACAGGAACAUGGAGAGAGCACCAAGCUCGCUCAAGUCACGGAAGCUUAUGCUGCACAGGAAUUUACUUAGGGUUUAUUAUGAUCAUAAGUAAAUCAAUAAACAUUUGGGUGGUAAACAAUGUGUUUUGUAACCAUAAAGCCGAAAGGGACUUCCAGUAUUCAUCCAAUUUAUUUCUCUGUUUUUUGUGAAGAUUUGUCUGAGCAACUAUUCUAGAUAGAUGAUCAUUCUCUCUAUAUUUAAGAAUAUCUAUGGCAAGCAUAUUUUAAAAGCAUCAUUAAAAAUCCACUUCAUUAUCCAGUAAUUGGUAAUAGGGCCCAAGAUAUGAAUUGUAUAUAUAUUCAGUUGGUCAAAAUAACAAACUCUUUUAGUUUCUAUGGUUCUACUUAGAGAAAAAGUAGCCAUAUCAUUGUCACAAAUAUCACAACGAAAAAGAUACCAGAGAUCUAUUAUGUAUCACAGACAGGAUGUAAACUACAUUUUUCAAACAAUAUAGUCUAAAUGUAUCUUUGAAGCUAGAGUCUGAGACAAUAGUCUCAUCUGUUUCCAUUUUGCCAACCUGCAAGCAUUGACUAUUAGUUAUGCUGUUGCUAUGUGUUUGCAAGUUAACUGCAUAAAAUGGCCUUCAUUCUAGCUGCUGUCAUAGAAUUUAGAAACUGUGAAAAACUCUUACAUUUUUAUUUCUCCGAUAUAACACAGUCCACAUAUUCUCCAUUUUGGAAUUAAAACUAUAACAAUGAGUCAUAGCAAGGAUUUCACUUGACUAAUAUCUAUACAUUAUCCUUACCUAAAAACUGUUGCAGACAUGAUGCAUUUUAGUGUGGCAGAUUAAAAGAGAAUGUAAAUGGGGUGUCUCAUUAGACAUGUGGUAUUAAAUUAGGGAAACAGUAUUAAUCCACUCUCAAAAGGAUACAUUCAAAUAUAAUUUGGCACAUAGAGCUCCUUCAGUUUAGUGUUGUUUUAGGAACCUGUUCUGAAGAAGUCACCUUAUGACUAGGCAUCAGCAGCAAAGAUUCGCAAUGGCACCAGUAUUAUUUUGAUAGAACAUCAUUGUUUGCAAAUAAAUCAGUUAUUCAGCAAAGGCAUAUACCCUCAUAUGUACCCCUAAACACAGUGCACCGUGUGUGCUUUGGGAAUCUGGAUAAAUAGUAACAUUAGCCAUAAUCACAAAGAUUAAUACUCAAUGCCCACACAAGACAGUUGGCUGUCUCAGCUACGUAGUGUGACGCCAAGAAGGAAAGAAGAUAUAGCUCCUAUGUAACAGGUGACCAAACUGUCUAAAACCUGCCUUGAUACCCAUCUCUUCUACUUUAUUUUGGAAUUCUCUUUUAACAUCUGUGUGGAGUCCAAUGAGCUAUGACCUCUUAGGACUCUGAGAUGGGCACUGAUGCCUGACUGAGACUUUGAGUCCAUGGAUUCAGCACUUCAAAUGUGAACUCUCAUGGUCUCACACUCGGUCUUCUUGUCCAAUGACAAUAGUAUCAGGGACAUAGUCUUUCGUUGUUAAAGUGCAAAAAUGUGCCUCUCCAGGAAACAGUAAAACGAGACAACAGCUUCUACAGAGUCUUACUCCCAAGUGCAGCAGGGUUUUUAAUUUUGCAAAAUGUUCCAAAGAUUUCAAGCAAUAAAGCAAAAUUAAAUGGAUGCAUGCAAAGAAAAGGCAAAGCCUCAGAGCCUGGAAAACCACCAAGCUCUGUUUUUUGGGGUUUUUUUUUGUACAAAAAUACUGCUACCAAUUGAGAUCCUGUAUUUGAGUUUGGGAGAUAUCAAAAAGGAACUCAAGAUUACAACUGUCAUGACAUAUAUUUCCUGAAAGCGCCUUGGAAUCGUGACUUACUGAGGGCAGGUAUAACGGAUCAUCAGGGCCUAUUUACACAGGUAGGUUUCUGUCUUAUCAUGCGUUUGGAGCAUGACCCUGUCUUACUCCAUGCUGUCACUGGAAACAAGCUGACUCCCCCAACCAGAGCCCCAACAACCCCAUCCUCCUUGUGCCUCUGAACCUAAUAUGGCCACAGCAAAAGUUGCUGAUGUCUGUCUCAGGCAGACAGAAAGACUCACUCCAGGCCCAGGUAACAAUGCACUUCUGAAGUGAACUAAGCACUUCAAGUUGUGCUGGGGCAUGCCAACAUCUGCAGCUUUUCCCUGUGCUUUGUCUUCAAAAUAACAAUCUGACUCCAAGCACUUGGUGUAACUUCAUAGAAAAUUCCUUCAAAAUGAAUGAUAGAUGACUCUGCAUAGGCUUUGGGCAACACCAGAUGCCUUUCAGCCAACAAUACCUAGAAACUCAAGUCCAAGGACCAAGCCCCAUACUGCAGCCUAGGUAUUUCUAUUAUUAAGUUAUAGAUCUUCAACUACAAAAUCUAUGUUAUAUCAGAGGCUUCUAUAAGGGUAUUUUAUGAGAUAGAGCUGGAAAAACACAGUAUAGGAGAGACUGAGUAAUCAGAGGCUAACAUAUUCCAAUCUGAAUGAUUCUGUAUGGGUAGCUCUUGAUAGGAAUAUACUUCAUCCACAAGCAGUUGAUUGCAUAUAUACAUAAGUUGUGUUAACAUGACUGAACUUGAUUGUUAGAUGGAUAAAUUGGCCCCAGCACUGGACUCAGUAUGAGGAUCCUUGAGGUGGUGAAUGAAGAACAGACUCUGAUACUACAAACAGAGUAACAUAAAUCUUGUCAGAAUAUACUGAGAUAGUGUGCAAAAUUCCUUCCUCACACUUGAUUCAAACAAAUGAAACCUAAGUAUUCUUGUCCUGCUGCUUUUCUGUUGCCUUCCUUUCUUUCUUUCCUUCUCCCUUUCAUAAAGAAAGGUCAGUGCUACAGUCACUCUCACCUUAUAAAAUAGUUACAGUUUUAUAAUGUAAUGAAUGCUCUUUGUGUGUUCGUGGGUGUACGUGUGUGUGCGUGUGUGUGCUGAAUGCAGAGAUUAACAUGAUUAAAAGGAGUGCCAUUUUGAAGGACCUACAAUGUCAAAAAUUAAAGUUUGCAUUUUUAUUUCCAAUAUGUUGUGACCAGAGCACAGCAUGAGUCAAGUGCUCCACUGCCAUCCCAUGCUUAUUAAGAAAUGAUCCUGUUCAAUGGUUCAACUCAUCAGCUUGGUAGUCUCUGACUGCCUACCUAAGAAUGACCUAGGAAGCUUUCAGAAAUACAAAUUACUGAGCUUUACCUGUGUGGCCUAGGAAUCUGUACUGAGAAAAAAAUCACUCUCGGUAAUGUGAAUAUAUAGCCAGAUUUGGGAAUCAUUGAAGAGUAUUCAAAUCAUCCCAAUUACUAGGAAUAAAUACAAGUUGACUAAGGGAGUGGAUAUUAUUUCAUGUGUAGUUAUUUUGAAAAGCUAAGCAUUCUGGGCUUUGUGGCAUUAUUUCCUUCACAAGUCUUAAUUUUAGUUUUAGUCUCAAAUUUACAGCCUGCUUUUUGAGCAUGAUAUUUCAAACCUAUUAGAGAAAGGCGUCAACACUAAUAAGCAUGAGGAAUGAAUAUUGCUCACUAUAGGGCUAUUAGGCACACUAGAUAUGGUACCAUUUUCUUAGUUACCACCAGAGCUGUGCAGGAUAUCACAGUAUUUGCUGAUCCUCACCACCAAGAUAUUAACUAUCAACUUUUGAACACAGAAGCAAAUGUCAAAGUGACAGCCUGAUUUCUGAAUGCUUUGAUUUUUAUGUUAUAAGGAAUCACCAACUCAAUACUUAGUCUCACUCUGUACUUUUCACAUUGAAUUGUGCAUUCAUCUAAAAAUGAUUUCCUAGCAAUACUUUAUAACAACCUUGCAAGCAAUAAUUUAAGCCAUGGUAUGAUGCCAUAUGAAACCUGCACUUUUGUGCACGUCAUAGAACCUUUAGGGAAAUAGAGACACGUUUUAUACAAGCAAUAAUAUAGCUGGCAUGGACUCUCAAAAGAUAUCUGUGAUUUUACUACAGCCAAAUGAGCAGCAGCAAGUGAUAAGUUGGAUGAAAAUUAGCUGAGCAAAUAAUAUGGUUCAUCUGUCUCAGAAGUUAUUCAUUUGUACACAUGCUAUAAAGUAAUAGACUCCCAUCACAUUAUUUCUGUUGUAUAACUUUUAAAUACCUAUUGUAAUAUGAUUUCUAUUCCUCUCAAGAGAUAUGUGUAUGUAAUGUUGCCCAGACUUUCAGAUCUUUGUGGAAUAUAGUAGUAAGGAACAGUUAAGGAUGGAUAAAUGAGUAAAGGUGGAACAGAGGUUGGAUGAGUUGGUUGAGAACGUAGGCUUUGCAGAAAUGUAGAUAGAUGUUAGGACAUGUAAAUUCAGCUCUUGGAUCGAUAAGGUCUCAGAAGAUGAAAGACAAAAAGAGCUCACAACUACUGUUUUCUAUGGUGGCAAAUGCUUAGUGAGUACAAUAGUAUUUUGUCUCCAGAAUAUGAUUGGUUGGAUGUCACCUGUAGCAUAACUUAAGAAACAUCUGAAAAUGAUUCUGUAGCCAUGUUGAAAAUAACCUGCCCUUCUCAACUAUUUUGAUGAUAGCAGUGAAGCUUGCAAAUUUCAAACUGAGGAACUUAAAUGUUUAGUCUCAAAAUGUAAUUUUAAUCAAAUAUGGCAUAAUCAAUAAUAAUUGGUCCUUUAAUACUUAAAUUACCCCUCCACCGUUUAGCAUAACAUACUAGGAUUAUAGCUAAAAGCAACCAGUAAAUUUAUGUGACACUAAGGAACUUCUCAACAUCAGAUUAUCAUUUAGCAAAGUCAUAUAAGCUUAGGAUCCAUUCAGAGGCCUCUCAAUAAGAUUACAGCUCCCAUCACUGCCUCGGCCAGUAAGCUCUCUUUUAACCAUGAAUCUGAAUACAGUUGGUACGGUGCAUGAGUUUGCUGCUAGAUUACCUUCCUGUCACCACUGCAAAAGUUAAGGCAGCAUCCUUGUCACAAUUUAGAGAAGCCCCCUGCUGAAAAUCCAACAGGAUUGUUGACUCCCUGAGAAAGCUUUUGACAGUUUUCUUUUGGUAUGUCAUUGGAUGCUUAAUUGUUAGUAAAUGUGCUUUUGAUUGCUAAGAAUGAAAAAUACUUAAUUUGAACGUGUUAAACUAUAGUGAACUUAUCCUCUCAGCAAAUUCAUCUAGUUGGUGAGCAGAUCAUUCUUAAUAUUAGACAUCAGUACUGUUAUUAUGGAAAGCAGAAAACUAAAUAGCAAGCCCGAGUCGUACCUUGUUUCUGAUUCUUUUGAUACAUAUUUUAAAAAUAAAGGGAUCAGUUCAUGUUCA